UAGUGGGUAGUGACGCACCGGUGGCCGGCGAUGGAGAAGAAUACAACCAAGAGUAUACAGACGUCCUUGAUGAGCAAGGUGGACAUGCUUCAUGACAUGUUGGGUGUGUACAAGCACCUGAAGUUGGGAUGAAGUUUGAUACAAUAGAAGCGGUAUUUGAAUUUUACAAGAAAUAUGGUAGGAGUUUAGGAUUUCGGGUACGCAAAAGAAGUUCUAUCAAGGACAAAAGUGGAGAAAAUGUAGUGGCAGUUGUAUUUGAGUGUUCAAGUGCGGGAAGUAGAUGUAGCACGGGACAAAAUGCUUUGAAACCAAAACCUUCAAUGCAAUUGGAUUGCUUAGCUCGCCUAAGAGCACGAACAACUUAUGUUGGUUCUUGGGAAAUAUCUAAAGUGCAACUGCAACAUAACCAUCCUAUGAGUCCGACAAAGUCUAGAAAAUUUCGAUGCAAUAGGAAGGUGACAGAACAAAUGAAGAGAAAACUAGAAAUUAAUGAUGUUGCGGAGAUACCACUUCAUAAAAGCUUCAACUCGGCCGUUGUUGAAGCGGGUGGAUAUGACGAGCUUUCAUUUAUCGAAAAGGAUUGUCAUAACUACGUAGACAAAGUGCGCCAACUUAGGCUAGGAAGUGGUGAUGCAAUGGCUAUCCAACAUUUUUUUGGUAAAAUGCAAGCUCAAUGCCCUGGUUUUUUCUUUACCGUUGACUUAGAUGAGGAGCCACGGUUGAGGAAUGUUUUCUGGGCCGACAACCGUUGUAGGUAUGCUUAUAAAGAUUUCGGCGAUGUCAUCACUUUUGACACAACAUACCUUACAAAUCGGUAUGACAUGCCAUUUGCUCCCUUUGUGGGCGUUAAUCAUCAUGGGCAAUCAAUGUUGCUUGGUUGUGGAUUAAUCUCAAAUGAAGAUACACAAACUUUUGUAUGGAUCUUUAAAGCGUGGCUUGAUUGUAUGCAUGGGUGUGCGCCGAAGGGGAUUAUAACAGACCAAGACCAUGCUAUGCAAAAUGCAAUUCAAAUUGUGUUCCCAAAUACGAGACACCGUUGGUGUUUAUGGCAUAUCAUGAAGAAGCUCCCAGAAAAAAUGGGAGGUUUGGCAGAUAAAGAUCUUAUAAUGUACAAUAUACAUGACCUAGUGUAUGACUCACAACACGAUUCUGAGUUUGAAGAUGGCUGGACAGCUAUGGUAGAAAGGUACUUAUCUGUACACUUUUGUCUGUGGUUUGUAUGAUACACUGUCUGUGUAUUGUCUACAUUGUCUGUUAAAUAUAAAACAUUUGUUUGUGCAAUACAUCAUCAAUUGUCUGUUCAUUGUAUAAAUUGUUUGUUGACAUAGGUUUUCACAUAAAAAUGAUGAAUGGCUUGGGGUGAUGUACAAUGAAAGACAUCGCUGGGUGCCAUGUUACUUGAAGCCAACAUUUUGGGCAGGCAUGUCUACCACGCAAUGAAGUGAAAGCAUUAACGCCUUCUUUGAUGGUUAUGUAAAUUCUAAAACAACUCUAAAGCAGUUUUGUGGAGCAAUAUGGCCGGGCGUUGAGGUGUAAAAUGGAAAAAGAGUUCCAUGCCGAUGCUCAUUCAUUCACUAAAAUGAUUCCAUGUGUCACCGUUUUUGCAAUGGAAAAACAAAUGCAAGGCCUAUACACGCUAGCCAACUUCAAGGAGUUUCAGAGUGAAGUAACUGGGAAGAUGUAUUGUACCUACUACAUUGCGAAAAUGGUAAAACAUAUAAGGUCAGAGAGUAUAGGGUCGUGAAUGGGUUUGCAAAAUCUACGGACUUCACAGUUGAGUUUGAUAUAUCAAGUAAUAUAGGAGUAUGUAGUUGUCACUUGUUUGAGUUUCGGGGCAUUGUAUGUAAGCAUUUAAUUGUAGUGCUACUCAGAAAUGAAGUGCAACUCCCAUGGUUUUAAAAGGCUAAACGCACCUACGCCUCAGAGGCGUAAAAGCGCAAAGGCGCUAUCAAAUCGCCUGUAAGGCUUGAGCAUCACCUUCCACUAACAAGGCUAACGCCUUUUUUUGCUGAGGCGGUGAUGCGAUCCCAGUGCGCAAGGCGUAAUUGAGGCGUACGCAUUUCACUAAACGCAACUUGGGCUCUUUUUUUUGAACUAUUGGGCCUCGACUUUUUUUUUAAACGACACGUUUAUCUCUUAGGUAACACACGACAUCCCUAGGUAACUAUUUAAUUACCUUCAACUACUACUAUAUUAAGAAACGGCUUGAAAAACUCUCUCAGUCGAAGGCUUGAAUCUGAGUACGUAGACUUCGAUCUUUCAGAGUUGCUUUCAUUCCAGAUUUCCAGGAGUGGGCUGAUUACUCACGAUGGUUAAACCCAGUAAGAAUCAGGGAGAGGGGUCUAGCUCAAAUAAGGAUAAGGAUCCUGCUUGGCAGUAUGGAACUAAAUUGAAUCCUCCGGCAGGAAAGACUGGUUAUGUAUAUGCAAAAUGCAAAUAUUGCAAUAAGGUGAUCACCAGUGGAGUGGGGAGACUUAAAGAGCACCUUGCGGGAACACAUAAAAAUGUGGCGCCAUGCAAAAGUGUUCCCGAAAAUGUUAAAAAGGAUGUGCUAGCAAUGUUGAAGAACUAUCAAGAUCAGAAACACGUUAACCAGAAGUUUUUUGAUGAAAUGGUAGAUUCUGGCUCGUACUUUGGAACUGGAGUAACUGGACCUCAACCGCGUGGGCCUAUUGAUCGCUUCGUUACUCGUCCAGGCAGUAGCUCAAGAGAUGUAGCAAAUGAGCAGGAAGUUGUAGAAGAUGAUAUUCUGCCUAACAAAAUGAGUAAAACUACCAUGAGAGAGCGACGCAAUCUUGUUUGUCAAGAUGUGGGCAGAUUUUUCUUUGAAAAUGCAAUAGCAUUUAAUGUAGCCCGCAGUCCUUCUUAUUUUAACAUGUUGCGUUCUGUUAGUAAUUAUGGUGCAGGCUUUAAACCCCCAUCUAUGCAUGAGUUGCGGACGUGGAUCCUUAAAGCGGAAUAUGAUACCACGAACACAUAUGUGGAAGAAGUGAAGAAGACAUGGCCGCACACCGGAGUUACGAUAAUGUCAUAUGGGUGGAGCGACACAAGAAACCGAGGGCUUCUUAACAUUCUUGUUAACAACCAAUAUGGUAAUGUUUUCCUCAGAUCUGUUGAUGCAUCGGAUCGAGUUAAAUAUGCAACUUAUCUUUUUGAAUUGCUCGACGGAGUAGUUGAGGAAAUAGGAGAAAGUCUGGUAGUGCAAAUCGUGACAGAUAAUGCAAGUGCAUACAAAGCUGCUGGGAGACUUUUAAUGGAGAAGAGGAAGCACUUGUAUUGGACGCCAUGUGCCGCCCAUUGUAUUGACCUCAUGCUUGAGAAGAUUGGAGAGCUGCCACAGAACAAAAAUGUCUUGAUCAAAGCUAAGAAGGUCACUAAUUUUAUCUAUAAUCGUGUAUGGGUUUUGCAGCUUAUGAGGAAGUUUAUCGGGAAAGACCUAGUUCGUCCAGGCCCCACGAGGUUUGCUACUGCUUUCUUGACUUUAGAUUGUAUGGCCACCGCAAAAGAGCCCCUGCAAAGAAUGUUUGUUUCUAAACAGUGGACUUCAAGUCGUUAUGCAAAAUUAGUUGAGGGGAAGGAGGUUAAAAUGAUUGUGAUGGAUGACAGAACGUUUUGGCCUAGGGUUGCUUACUCAAUAAAAACAUCAAGGCCAUUAGUUGAAGUUUUGAGGAUUGUUGAUGGUGAUGAGCCUGCAAUGGGAUUCAUCUACGGUGCUAUGGAUUCUGCAAAAGAAAAAAUUGCAGAAAAUUUUGGAAAUCAAUAUUCCACUUAUAGUGAGAUUUGGAAGAUAAUUGAUGAGAAGUGGGAGCACCAACUACAUCGGGACUUGCAUGCUGCAGCGUAUUAUUUGAAUCCAAGAUUCAAAUGGGAGGAUGACUUCUCUACUCAUGUGGAGGUUAAGAAAGGUUUGUAUGCUUGUAUGGAGAGGCUUAUUUCUGAUAGUAGUGAUUUUAACCAAGCUGAUGCACAAAUGGAUGAAUAUCGAUACAAGCGUGGACUUUUCGGAAUGAGGGCGGCUCAAAAUUCAUAUAAAACACGUCCCCCAGUGGAAUGGUGGGAUCAAUUUGGAGAUCAUAUUCCAGAACUACGGGCUUUUGCGGUCAAAAUUCUUGGCUUGACGUGUUCUUCUUCCGCUUGUGAACGAAAUUGGAGCACAUUCAAUCAAGUCCAUACGAAGAGAAGGAAUCGUCUUUCAGCCAUUAAGUUGAAUAGUUUGGUAUUUAUAAUGUUCAACAAGAAGUUGAAGUUUAGGAAGAGCAGAUUACAAAAGAAAGAGGAUAAUUUGAUCUUCGAUAAUGUAUCAUCUGAUGAUGAGUGGAUUGCUGAACCGAAUGCAGAUGAUGGAGAAAGUGUGGAUGCACGUGAUGAACUUGCAUUAGUUGUUGAUGAAAUGGACAACGAAUUCAGAGGGGUGGACCUUACAGUUGGAACUAAAGAAGAUAAUGAGGCCCGUGAAAAUGAAGGAGAUGACAAUGAGAAUGACAUUACUAAUUUGGAUACUCAUGAAGAGGACGAUAGGCUUAGUUUUGAAGAUUAAUAGUUCCAAUUUGUCAAUUUGCAAACUUAAACUCCUAAACUUUUAUUUUCUUGUCUUAGAAUUUUAAUGUUUUAUGUUCUUUUGAGUUUUGACUUUGGUAUUUCAGUUUUAUAUUAUUUGGACUUGAAUA